AUGUACAGCAACAAUUUCGGCGUCAUCGAGGUCGCUGGCGCGAAAACAAAAUCGGCACCCGGCUGGGCCUAUGUACCUGACACGGGCGUCAACCCAGCAGCAGCCGCGCUCCAGCCCUCAAAUCGCAAGCGAGCCAGGAACCAAGCCGCGAAUCCCUCGGGUGCCGAUCUCUCCGUCCGACAAGAGGCCAAGAUUCGCAAAGAAGUCGAGGCCCUCGACAGGGAAAGCAAUCGCGAUGCCGGCAUACCAAUUCCUCCCAAGGCCGGCGCCGCCAAAUCCUUGAACAAGAGCACGCCCAACGUGAGGAAGAUACUCCAAUCGCAGAAGACGUUUGCCAACCACCUCGACGACUACGAAGCCUUUUUGGCGCAGAACGACGGGAACACAGCGCAGCAACCUGGCCCGAACGCGAAAAAGACGGCUCAGGCAAGCCAGACCGGCAAACGGCCCCCGCAACCGAACCAGCACUCCAAGCGAAAGGCAGCUGCCGCUGCCGCCGCCGUCGCGGCUGCGGAAGCAGAAGCAGAAGCGAGCUCCUCGUCGAAAAAGUCGGCACCCAGCCGCGCCCGAUCACGCCGUGGCAAGGUUGAGCCCGCGCCGGAACCGGAGCCUGCGCCCGAGACGCCCGACGUCGAGAUGGAGGACGCGCCGACCGAGGUGCCGACGGCGCCGCCCAUCCUGACGCCCUACGAGAAGGACCCGCCGCCCGCGCACCCCGGUGACAACGACCCGCUGCUCGCGUCGGUGCUGCCGGGGCUGCCGGACGACGAGGAGCUGCGGCGCCUCCUGGCGCAUCCGCCGUUGAAGUACACCGAGGCGCAGGCUGGCUGGAGCGAGGCGGACAGACAGUAUCCCGUGCGGCGGUUCUGCGAGGUGUGUGGCUAUUGGGGGCGCGUCCGCUGCAUGAAAUGCGGCACGAGGGUGUGCGCGCUUGACUGUCUCGAGGUGCACCGAGAGGAGUGCGUGACGCGGUAUGGGUUGUGA